CGCGCCGUCCUCUCGCCGCCGGGCCACCAUGUUCAGCUGGAUGAAGAAGCAGGAGAAGAAGAACCCCGAGGUGAUCCGCACCGUCACCGAGGGCCUCAAGGAGCUCUACAAGAAGAAGCUGCUGCCGGUGGAGGAGUUCUACCGCUUCCACGACUUCCACUCGCCCGCGCUGGAGGACGCCGACUUCGACAGCAAGCCCAUGGUGCUGGUGGCGGGGCAGUACUCCACGGGGAAGACCACCUUCAUCAAGUACCUGCUGGAGCAGGACAUCCCCGGCAGCCGCGUGGGGCCCGAGCCCACCACCGACUCCUUCGUGGCCGUCAUGCACGGCGAGACCGAGGGCAUCACGCCGGGCAACGCCCUCAUCGUCGACCCCAAGAAGCCCUUCCGCAAGCUCAACCCCUUCGGCAACACCUUCCUCAACCGGUUCAUGUGCGCCCACCUGCCCAACCAGGUGCUGGAGAGCAUCAGCAUCAUCGACACGCCGGGGAUCCUCUCCGGGGCCAAGCAGCGCGUGAGCCGGGGCUACGACUUCGCGGCCGUGCUGCAGUGGUUCGCCGAGCGCGUCGACCUCAUCAUCCUCCUCUUCGACGCGCACAAGCUGGAGAUCUCGGACGAGUUCUCGGAGGCCAUCCGAGCCCUCAGGGGCAACGAGGACAAGAUCCGGGUGGUCCUGAACAAGGCCGACAUGGUGGAGACGCAGCAGCUGAUGCGGGUCUACGGGGCGCUGAUGUGGUCCCUGGGGAAGGUGUUCAACACCCCCGAGGUGCUGCGCGUCUUCAUCGGCUCCUUCUGGGCCGAGCCGCUGCUCGUCUCCGACAACCGGCGGCUCUUCGAGCUGGAGGAGCAGGACUUGUUCCAGGACAUCCAGAACCUGCCCCGCAACGCGGCCCUGAGGAAGCUCAACGACCUCGUCAAGCGGGCCCGCCUGGUCCGGGUGCACGCCCACAUCAUGGGGCACCUCAAGAAGGAGAUGCCGUCCGUCUUCGGCAAGGACAACAAGAAGAAGCAGCUCAUCGCCAAGCUGCCGCUGCUCUUCGCCAGGAUCCAGCUGGAGCACCACAUCCCGCCCGGAGACUUCCCCGACUGCGCCCGCAUGCAGGAGCUGCUGCUGGCGCAGGACUUCGGGAAGCUGCGGGGGCCCAAGGGGCGGAUGCUGGAGGCCCUGGAGGAGCUGCUGGGCCGCGACGUGGCCGCGCUGGUGCCGCUGCUGCGGCGAGAGGAGCUGGAGGCGCCCGGGGCGGCGGUGCAGGGCGGCGCCUUCGAGGGCACCCGCCGAGGGCCCUUCGCGGGCGGCGAGGAGGAGGAGGAGGAGGAGGCGGCGGCGGAGGAAGGCGACGAGUGGGUGGUCACCAAGGACAAGCCCAAGUACGACGAGAUCUUCUACACGCUGUCGCCGCUGGACGGGAAGCUGAGCGGCCCCAAGGCGCGCAGCUGGAUGGUGAGCACGCGGCUGCCCAGCUCGGUGCUGGGCCGCAUCUGGCAGCUCAGCGACGUGGACCGCGACGGCAUGCUGGACCACGAGGAGUUCGCCCUCGCCAGCCACCUCAUCGGCGCCAAGCUGCAGGGCCGCCGCCUGCCCGCCGACCUGCCCCCCCGCCUCGUCCCCCCCUCCAAGCGCCGCCACAAGGGCUCCGCCGAGUGACGGGGGGGGGGGGCCCCCCGACCUCCCCCCCCCCCCCAGCCCAUCCCCGUGGCGUCCCGGCUCGCUGCAAUAAACGGCGGCGCCUUCCUUCUGCGGAA